CGUGAUGUAAUCACGUGUCACCGGAAGUGCGCGUGCGCGCUAAGCUCGCCCUGUGCUGAUGCAAGACGGUGGAUGUGAACGGUAGCGUGAACCGUGUCAGCGAUAUCUAACAGCACGAGAAACAGCAACGUCCGAUUCAGUCAUCAUGUCAGAGGACGAGAUUUUAUUCGACCCCUCCACAACAAAGAAGAAGAAGAAGAAGAAGAAGCCCUUUAUGCUCGACGAGGAUGGAGAUGCCGAGGAGACUCAACAGACUGAACUGAAAGAAGCCGAGCCCGAAGCAGCAGAGGAGCGAGAGCUGGAUCCUGAAGAUGAUGAAGUCAAGAAAAAGGAGCCUUCGGAUGAUUUAGACGAUCUGAACUUCUUCAACCAGAAGAAGAAGAAGAAGAAACAGAAGAAGGUGUUUGAAAACGACAUCGAGGAGGGAAUGAAGGAGCUGAAAAUCGAGGGAGAGCAGCAGGAAAUGGUGGAGGACGAUGAGUUUGAUCUGAUGCUUCCGACUAAAAAAAAGAAGUCAAAAAAAGUGGAAUUUGUUGAGGAGAGUGAUACAGUGGAAAAGGACGAUGUUGUCGAGGAUAAUAAAAGCACAGAUGGCAUCACAUUCAGUUCACAGUCGGGCCCAGCAUGGGCCGGUUCAGAGAGAGAUUACACCUACGAUGAGCUGCUGAGCCGGGUGUUUAACAUCAUGAGGGAGAAGAACCCUGAUAUGGUGGCAGGGGAGAAGAGGAAGUUUGUGAUGAAGCCUCCUCAGGUGGUCCGAGUUGGGACCAAGAAAACAUCUUUUGUCAACUUCACUGACAUCUGUAAACUCUUGCAUCGACAGCCCAAACAUCUUUUGGCCUUCCUGUUAGCCGAGUUGGGAACGAGUGGAUCCAUAGAUGGAAACAACCAGCUUGUUAUCAAGGGACGCUUUCAACAGAAACAAAUAGAAAAUGUCUUGAGAAGAUACAUAAAGGAAUAUGUGACUUGUCACACUUGCCGCUCACCCGAUACAAUUCUGCAGAAGGACACACGUCUCUACUUCCUGCAAUGUGAAACCUGUCACUCGCGCUGCUCUGUAGCCAGCAUCAAGACCGGCUUCCAGGCCGUCACCGGCAAGAGAGCCCAGCUUCGAGCCAAAGCCAACUAACACAAGCGUCCUGUCCCGGCCUCUUCCCCAGACUGAUGCUCUGCCCCUCUGGUUGACGACUGUCCUCGUUGCUCUCCUCUGAAGCGCAGGGACCCACGGCUCGGAGUGAACUGUGGAGGUUUUUUGAGCAUCAUCUCUAUUAAUAAAUCUGACUCUGAAGCUAGAAGGCUCGCAAACAGGCUGCCUCUGAUUUGCUUGUCUUUCUCCAGAAUUUUUUUUCCCCGUGCAUUUAGCAUACCUGAUAACCAGAGCAUAUGUCUAUUUGAUAUACUUUCAGAUCAGUAUUUGUUUUUCUGAAAAAAUACAGGGAUAUUAUUGGAUGGAAAAUGAAAAUAAUUUCGCAAAAUGAACCGCAGCCUUUUAUAUGGGACUUUGUUUUAUCGAAGGAAAACCGAAUCUCUUAGUCACUGACGGUCAAUGCACAGGAAUGCAAGGAUGGACUGGAUCCAAGCGAGUGUUUCGUGAUCCAGUGAAUCUCCUCCGAUCUCUAGAAAAUGAGAACAUGUAAUUACACAGAUUACAGAUUGCACUGAUUUCUUCGGUAGAAUAUUGGGCAGCAGAUGUUUGGGCAUGUUUGCAGUGCUUAGAUGGAACUGAAAGCUUUUUGUUGGCAUAUUUGAAAUUGGAUUUUUUUUUUUUUUUUUUUAAAUAAAAACAAUGACUAAAGGUU